AUGGGACAGGAAGCGGAACUCGCCCGAGGGACACGGAUAGUCUACUUCCGAUACUUUGAUUUUGCAGAUGUUUGUGUGAAGAUUCCUGAAGCAAUUGCUCAAGCGUCCAAGGAAGCUGGAGUUGGAAAAUGCAUCCAUGUUUCGCAUUUGAAUGCAGAUGUGAGAAGUUCCUCUAAAUAUUUGAGAAAUAAGGUCCUGCAUGAUCACAUUGCCUACCGCUAUGAGGUUCUGGAGAUGAUCGGGAAAGGGUCCUUUGGACAGGUGGCCAAGUGCUUGGAUCACAAAAACAAUGAGCUGGUGGCCCUGAAAAUCAUCAAGAACAAGAAGAGAUUUCACCAGCAGGCCCUGGUGGAGCUGAAGAUCCUGGAGGCUCUCAGAAGGAAGGACAGAGACAAUGCCUGCAAUGUGGUGCACAUGAAGGACUUCUUCUACUUUCGCAGUCACUUCUGCAUCACCUUCGAACUCCUGGGUGCCGGCCGGCUGCACUCCCCGUCCCUGCCAGCGGGGGCGCAGCGUCCCCGAGAAGGCGUCCUGGAGGAGCGUGUUCUGCAGAGCGCCAAGUUUUUCCCACGAGGUUUCUCUCGCUUUGCCUCCGCAGAAUACACGUACAUCCAAAGCCGGUUCUACCGAUCCCCAGAGGUGAUCCUGGGCCACCCCUACGACAUGGCCGUUGACAUGUGGAGCCUGGGCUGCAUCACGGCAGAGCUGUACACGGGCUCCCCCCUGUUCCCCGGGGAGAAUGAGGUGGAGCAGCUGGCCUGCAUCAUGGAGGUACGGGGAGGGCUGGCCGGAGAUUCCAAAGGCUUACCUAAAAGUAUAACCAACAACAAGGGGAAGAAAAGAUACCCAGACUCCAAGGACCUCACGAUGGUGCUAAAAACCUAUGACACCAGCUUCCUGGACUUUCUCAGAAGGUGUUUGGUAUGGGAACCUUCUCUUCACAUGACCCCGGACCAGGCCCUCAAGCAUGCCUGGAUUCAUCAGUCUAGGAACCUCAAGCCCAGGCCCCAGACCCUGAGGAAAUCCAGUUUCAUUUUCCCCUCUGAGACAAGGAAGAACAAGGUUCAAGGCCGUCAUCACUCGAGCAAAAAAGCAGAUGAGAUCACCAGAGAGGCUACAGACAAAACAAAAGAUGGCCCCGUGAAGCAUAUUCAGCAUUCAGGUGAUCAGCAGGACUCUCGCCAGCGCACAGCUGACACUGUUCAGCUGCCUCAACUGGUAGAAGCUCCCCCGAAGUCAGAGGCAGCUGUUGGGGCAGAAGUGUCCAUGACCCCCACGGGACAGAGCAAAAAUUCCUCCCCAAAGAACACAAACAUUUUGCCCCCCAUCGUAUGACCUUCGCUGAGGGCGUGCCCUGCUCCUUUCCACCAGGGAUUUGCAUUAAGCAGCACUUACGUUGGACAAUACUUCAGACUGUUGCUUUUUAAUACAGAAAAGUUUAUUUAAAAAAACUC